GCCUAGGUAAUGUCAGAGUUCACAUUGAGCGAGCAAUUCGAAGGCUGAAGGGUUUUAAGAUUCUGUGUAAAGUUAUGUCUGGUAUGUUGCAAAGUGUUGAUGAGAUUGUAAGUAUUUGUGCAGGGUUAUGUAAUUUGCAACCUCAGUUAAUCCGUAACAGUACUGAAUGAAGAAGAAACACCUGAAAUGGAUGUGUGUGUGUCUGUCUGUCUGUCUGUGAGUGUGUCAUGGGCUAAGUUGUCAUGGGAAAGUGUGAGUGUGUUAUGGUUAAUAUUGUAUAGAUUAUGUCCUUAGGCUAAAGAAGGUCACAGUAUACCAAAUAUUAAUUUGUAUUUCAACAGAAAAUCUAACAAGGCAACCAACAGUUUCAGACAGCAAUUGCAAAUAGUUAAAAUGUACAGGUUUAAACUGUAAACAAAUGUCGAACUCUUGAUAUGUGUUUUAAGUUGCCAUAACAAUGCAAUGUAGAUAGUUAAAAUGUACAGUUGUAAACAGAACAAAUGUCGAACUCUUGAUCUGUGUAUUACAACUAAGUUGUCAUGGGAAAGCACAUUAAAGUGUCCACAUUCUCGGGAGACAUGACCGACUACUAUCGGUGGAAGGCUGAGUGGGAAGAACUGGAACAGCUGGGGAACCCACAGAGGACGGCUGGUGUUACAAGGUUCCACCUCUUAGCAAGUCUCAGCGACAGGGUGAAGAAAGACUUGGUUCUGUCCAGCUGUGCGUCGGCAAAUGAAAUGUUCAGGCGCCUCGACAACCGUUUUGGGAACAAGGCGAAAAUCGUUCUGAAGAUAUCGGAAGAGGUUCAGGGCCUACCCCCCGUAAAGGGAGAUAACCCUAGAAAAGCGAUUGAGCUGAUCCAAGCAGUGGAGCGGGCCCUUAGUAACCUUGUGAUCCUGGGAGAAGAGGAGGUCAUAAAGAACCGGUGGGUAGCACAGUCCCUUGAAAGCAAGCUACCAAGCUCUCUGAAGGAGAAAUGGAUUACGCACAAGACCAAGCCUGUGAACAGUUUUGCUCCACAUAAACACUUUGACUGCUUACUGCGUUUCCUGAAGAAGCAGGAGGCAAUCCUGGAAGAGCUGGAUCAGCUGGAGGCGAGCCCAAGAGAGGGAAGCUCCUCAGUGAAAGGCCCAGCAGAUAAGCCAGAAAGAGGAGUCAAGAAAGCGUUCUCCAAAGCUACCUCAGGCCAAAGAGAGUCGCCUCAGUCGAAGCCACGCUUGGGCCCGUGCACUGCCUGUGCUGAUGAGACACACACUGGCAGGCUGUUUGCUUGCAAGGUCUUCAGGGAAAUGAAUCUCCAGAAGAGAAAGGCCCAUCUGAAGACCCAUGGAAUAUGCAAUCGGUGCCUGUGCUUCCACCUGAAGGAUGGCCGUUGCAACCCAAAGUUCCUCUGCAGUAAAAUGGACUGCCGCAAAGAAAAGCCUCACCACUAUCUGCUCUGCCCCAAGUCCAUCGCUCAAGAGAAAGAUGCUGGCCACGAGGUGCAAGGUACCAAAAGGAUGGAGAGAAAAGGCCUUGGGCUGACCAGCAAGCAAGAAGAGCUUCUGGCGAAAGUCACUCCGGAACUAAGAGCAGAAUUCAGAAAGGCAUUUUCCAACAAGGCCUCAACCACAAUCUGCACUGCUGGAGGUGGACUGAAAGAGUACCCAGUUAUAAUGAUGUUACUGGAAGUGACUACUAACUCAGGCCAGCUGAUAGGCACUCUUAUUGACCUUGCCUCUGACACCAACUACAUAACAAACAACGCUGCCCAGCGCCUUGGACUGAUUGGUGAGAGCAUCAAAUUAAUUGUCCACGGAAUAGGAGGAAUGACAACGACGGUCACAACAAAGAGGUAUUCCCGGCGACUAAGAGUGAAGACCAUCAAGGGGACUGUAAUGGAACACAAACUACUCUGCUACGACCUGGAGAGUAUUGCAGAGAUAAGUCAGCCUGUCACUCCGCAACAACUGCAAAAAAUCUUUCCUGACAUUGCUGCAGAAGAACUGGUCCGCCCUGAGAACAUCGAUCUUCUGAUCAGCCACAGCGGGAGCUGCAAGUGCAAUAACCGCCGAGCAGUGGAAGCAACCUUCCGGAACACCGAGGCUCGGCUGGCAAGGGAACCUGUGUGGAAAGCGGCAUAUGGAGAGCAGAUCCUUGAGAUGGUAUCAAGAGGAGCAGCCAUCGAGCUCACAAAGGAAGAGAUUGAAGGGUGGAAUGGCCCAAUCUGGUACAUCAGCCAUUUGGUUGCCCCAAAUCCUCAUUCUAGCUCAAUGCCAGUGAGGAUAGUCUGGAACAGUAGCCAGGAGUUUAAAGGGUUGAGCCUGAACAACCUCCUGCACAAAGGCCCUGAUGUCCUCAAUCCAAUCCGAGGUGUCCUGUUGAGAUUCAGGAGCAGAUUGUUUGCUGCUCUUGGCGAUGUGAAGAAAAUGUAUAAUUCUGUGUGGCUGAAGGACGAGGAGGUCCAUCUCCAUCGAUUCCUCUGGAGAGAUAACCCCGAAGAUGAAAUUUGUGUGUUUGCCGUUGUCAGGGUCAACAUUGGUGACAAGCCUGCUGGAUGCAUCGCUCAGGUUGACAUGAGAGAAACGGCAAACCUGCCCCAGUUUUCGUCUAUGGUUGAAGAGCGCCGGAUCCUGACAGAGGACUGCUAUGUGGACAAUGUCCUAACAUCGCAUGAUGAUUUCCAAACUCUGGUUAGGAUGACCGAAGGAGUGGAAGAAAUCCUAAAAGCAGGUGGCUUUUCCCUCAAGCCCUGGGUCCUGACGGGUCAAAGUGGAAGGAGUGAGAAGCCCACUGACCCCAGCAAUGUCAGGUCAACAGAGCCCAAGACCCUGAUACUCCCCAACCAGAUGCGGGAUGAGGAGAAUAAGGCAUUGGGAUUGGGAUAUGAACCCGAAUCUGACAAACUCCGUGUGCUGACAUCGGUGAACUUCUCAAGGAGGCGAGGAAAGAUGAGGACCGGUCUGGAUCUACGAGAGGAUGAGAUCAGAGGCAGCACCCCCGACCCUCUUACCCGACGCACGCUGCUGAGUCAAAUUGCAGGGUUCUAUGACCCCAUCGGCCUGGCCUCACCUGCCAAGCAACGAGGAGUGAUGCUCAUAAGAGAGUCCUUUCAGGAAGCAGGAAGAGACCAUCUUUCCAAGGACACCUGGGACGAACCUCUUUCGUCACGUUUUCGAGAAGCUGCAAUAAAACUUUUUGAGCAAAAGAAACGAGCCAAGAUGUGCCAGCAAGUAAUGAGUGAUCUCCCUCAAGAGCGUACCAAAAGAGCAAGCCCAUUUGAAUAUGCAACCCUCAACCUUUUUGGCCCCUUCGAGGUGAAAGACGCUGUUAAAAGAAGGACCAGCAAGAAGGUCUGGGGCAUUGUUUUCUGCUGUAUGGCCUCGAGAGCUGUCCAUGCUGACCUCACCGAUGACCAGUAG